AUGAGCACCGCCACCACUCUGCGCUCGUCGUCUCUCAUGGCCAUCCUCCUCCUCGCCUCCUUGUUCGUCACUCUAGGCUCCGAAAAGUCAGCAAAAGAAUCGUCGCCGUCCGCUUGCGCCGACGAGCUCGUCCGUUUCUCGCCGUGCCUAUCGUACGUGGCGUCGGCGCCGAACAACCUCUCCGACUCGCCGACCUCCAAGUGCUGUGAGGCAUUCUCGUCUGCAGCCGACUCAGGCCGCGCUGUUUGCCUCUGCUACCUGGUCCAAGAUCCUCUGAUGCUAGGCUUUCCGGUGACCGUCGCUCGCGUCCUCUCUCUCUCUUCAAUUUUCCGUAGCCGGAACUUCACCACUAUUUCUACUUUUCUUCAGUCUCUCUGCUCAGGUUCUUGA